GAGACGUGUCAGUCACUUACAAGUCAAUCAAUUUUCAAUAAAAUUGUGAUUUGUGUUGUUGAAUUGAUGUAUGGAGAAUUAUUUAUAUCGGAUUAGGGAAUAUAAAUAAUAUUUAUAACUUCAAAAUGCCGGCGUCCAUAGAGGCGAACCCGGCGAAUGGACAACGCAAAGGCAUAUUUGAGAACACUACCGGCUUCAGUACAUUGAUCACUGUUACGGUUCUGUUGUUGGCUUGGUUGGCCGGUUUUGCUUCCCGGCUUUUCGCUGUAAUAAGAUUUGAGAGCAUAAUUCACGAGUUCGACCCAUGGUUCAACUACAGAUCUACUGCUUACAUGGUCGAGCAUGGGUUCUACAACUUUUUGAACUGGUUCGAUGAGCGGGCGUGGUACCCCCUCGGUCGUAUCGUGGGGGGAACAGUGUACCCCGGUCUCAUGAUAACCUCAGGGACCAUACAUUGGAUACUCCACACCCUCAACAUUCCCAUACACAUUAGAGAUAUUUGUGUAUUUCUGGCGCCGGUGUUCAGUGGCUUAACUGCUAUAGCGACAUACUUGCUAACCUCGGAACUGUGGUCCCGGGGUGCCGGCCUCUUCGCUGCAUGUUUCAUUGCAAUAGUGCCAGGCUACAGCAGUAGAUCCGUAGCAGGAAGCUACGAUAAUGAGGGCAUUGCCAUUUUUGCACUACAAUUUACAUAUUAUUUGUGGCUGAAGAGCAUUAAGAGUGGUUCUAUUUUCUGGUCAAUAUGCACUGCCUUAUCUUACUUUUAUAUGGUGUCAGCAUGGGGAGGUUACGUGUUCAUUAUUAACCUCAUACCCCUGCAUGUGUUUGUCCUACUCAUCAUGGGCAGGUUCUCCCAGAGGCUGUUUGUCAGCUACACCGUGUUCUAUAUUGUGGGACUACUGCUGUCCAUGCAGAUCCCAUUUGUGGGCUUCCAGCCUAUUCGCACCAGUGAGCAUAUGGCUGCAUCAGGUGUGUUUGCUCUACUGAUGGCUGUCGGAGCUCUGAAAUACCUUCACAGUCUAAAUCCUAAAGGGCAGUGGAAGCAACUGCUCAUCCUAGGAGGUCUAGCGAGUGCUGGACUGGUAUUUCUAGUGGUAGUUCUUCUCACCUACAUGGGAGUUAUUGCACCAUGGAGUGGCAGGUUUUACUCCCUAUGGGAUACUGGCUAUGCAAAAAUCCACAUUCCAAUCAUUGCAUCUGUGUCGGAGCAUCAGCCCACCACAUGGUCGUCAUUCUUCUUUGACCUCCAUGUUCUAGUGUGCACAUUCCCCGUGGGUCUCUGGUACUGCAUCAAGAAUAUUAAUGAUGAAAGAGUUUUUGUGGCGCUAUACGCACUAAGCGCGGUAUACUUCGCGGGUGUGAUGGUGCGUCUGAUGCUGACGUUGACGCCGGCGGUGUGCGUGCUGGCCGGCAUCGCGUUCUCCAUCCUGCUGGAGCUGGCUUUACGAGAAGAUGAGCCACAGCCGGCAGCGCCCGCGCCGGACUCCAAGCCGCUCUUCGAUAAGGUAGUAGAGGCGGGCAAGCCCAAGAAGCGUGCAGUGGAGCCCGUACCAGCGGACGCGGGUCUCGGCAUGAACGUGCGGUCCGGCACACUCAUAGCAUUCAUGAUACUGCUCAUGCUGUUCUCUGUGCACUGCACCUGGGCAACGUCCAACGCCUACUCCAGCCCCAGUAUAGUGCUGGCUAGCUAUGGAAACGAUGGGUCUCGCAAGAUUCUGGACGACUUCAGGGAGGCGUACGGCUGGCUGUCGCAGAACACGCCAGAUGACUCCAGGAUCAUGUCCUGGUGGGAUUACGGAUACCAGAUCGCGGGCAUGGGUAACCGCACCACACUCGUCGACAACAACACGUGGAACAACUCGCACAUCGCGCUCGUCGGCAAGGCGAUGGCAAGCGACGAGCGGAGCGCGUACGAUAUAAUGACGACGCUCGGCGCAGACUACGUGCUCGUCAUAUUCGGCGGCGCCAUCGGUUACUCCGGCGACGAUAUCAACAAGUUCAUAUGGAUGGUGCGCAUCGCUGAGGGAGAACAUCCCAAGGAUAUACAUGAAGCGGACUACUUCACUGAGCGAGGAGAGUACCGAAUAGACAACGAAGCCUCAAAAACCAUGCUGAACUGCCUUAUGUAUAAACUGUCGUAUUAUAGGUACGACAGCGGCGGCAGUCCGCCGGGCUACGACCGGACUCGCGGCGCGCUGCCCGGCAACCGCGGGUUCAAGCUCACCUACCUCGAGGAGGCCUACACCACAGAGCACUGGCUCGUGCGCAUAUACAGAGUAAAAAAGCCGCAUGAGUUCAAUCGGCCGCGUCUGCCUCUCGCCAAGAGAACCAUACAGACAUCCAACAGUUUGUCGAAAAAGACGUCGCGGAGAAGAAAAGGUCUGCUGAAGAACAAGCCGGUACUAGUGAAAGGCAAGAAGAUGCGACUAGAGUGACGCUAGCGCCCCCACUUUGUUCCUACGGCCGCUCUCGCGCGGGCAAUGCUCUGACGUCACAACUCAGUAAAGUUACUUUUACGGAUACGAACAAACUGUACUCCGAUUUUACUGUUUUAAUCCGGCAAUAGUAUUGUUAUUUCGAUACAGUGUCCAAAAAUGACUAUAUUAUAGCAAACAGCAAAGUCUACACAAAACCACUUUGAGAUCACUGAGGCCAAUAAAACCAGUCGUUUAAAUACUUAUCACAUCACACAAAAUUAGUUUGUGUGAUGUAUAUUAGAAUACUAUUGCAGUUUAAGAAGCACCAGACCUGAUCGAAGCAAUAUUGUCGUCGGAUGAAAAAAGCAAAUUCGCGACGGAAACUACAAAAGAUUACGUCAAGCAGUUGUAGUUUUCAACUAUUUUCACAAAGUACCGUAAAAGUAGCUUGAUUCAUAAUAACGUAAUAAAAUUAGUUGAAAAAUAUUUUUAUGAUCUUGAAGAACCUUAAGCAUUUUCAAAAAUUGCUCCUCACUAAAUAUCGCUAUGUUGCCAGUCAAUUAUUAAAACAUUGCCCGCGUAAGAGCGUCCUACCAUAUUAUUUGUUACUACUGUACAUACAAAUGCCAUUGAUGUAUAAUGAAUGGACACACUACUUGUUUAUGGCCUAGAUACUGGUACCGUAAUACCUAUUUUUUGAGUUACAAAUCAUGUAAACCUCAAACAAAUUGCAGGGUCUAUUUAUUAUAUGUCUGGCUAUACAUAGUUUUGUUGCACGUUUGAACGCAUUUCAUUAUUU